UGAUAUGUCUAUGGAAAGAGUCCGACUUUUCAUGGAGUGAUCAUUUAUCGUGUAGAGAAAAAAUAUUUAGUGUGAAAAAUGGCGCUCAUAUCCUUUACUGUUGAACGUGUAUGAAUAUUGACUCGUAUAAGUAACUUAAUAUUUUGUUUUACAACCGGUUACGUUUUCCACUUAUCAAUUAACUUUAUUGUUACUAUUAAAUAAAUAAACAACAACACAUUUUGAAGAAGAAUGUUUUGAAAUUCGUCUAGUUUUUAUAGUUUGUAGUUCAAAAGUAACGCAGUCCUAAUGAUGGCCCAUUCGGGUGUACCUGCUGGGAAAAGGAAGGAGAUUUAUAAAUACAUAGCUCCAUGGCCUUUGUACAGCAUGAAUUGGUCCGUAAGGCCAGACAAACGGUUUCGUUUAGCUUUAGGUAGUUUUGUCGAAGAAUAUAACAAUAAGGUGCAAAUCGUGUCCCUUGAUGAAGACACCAGCGAGUUUUCCGCCAAGAGUACUUUUGACCAUCCAUAUCCUACUACGAAAAUCAUGUGGAUACCUGAUAGUAAGGGUAUUUUACCGGAUUUACUUGCAACUAGUGGUGACUACUUGAGGGUUUGGCGAGCUGGUGAACCUGAAACAAGACUAGAGUGUGUGUUAAACAAUAACAAGAAUUCUGAUUUCUGUGCACCUCUGACAAGUUUCGAUUGGAAUGAGGUGGAUCCUAAUCUAAUAGGGACUUCGUCGAUCGACACCACUUGCACAAUUUGGGGUUUAGAAACUGGUCAAAUUCUAGGAAGAGUGAAUCUGGUUUCUGGACAUGUUAAAACACAAUUGAUCGCCCACGACAAGGAGGUGUACGACAUCGCAUUUUCUAGAGCAGGGGGUGGUCGUGAUAUGUUUGCGUCCGUUGGUGCUGAUGGAUCCGUUCGUAUGUUUGAUUUGCGCCACUUAGAGCACUCGACUAUAAUUUACGAAGACCCUGCACACACACCUUUAUUACGCUUAGCUUGGAAUAAACAAGAUCCCAAUUAUUUAGCUACUGUUGCAAUGGAUUCGUGCGAAGUUAUCAUUUUAGAUGUCAGAGUUCCUUGUACGCCUGUCGCUAGACUGAACAAUCACAGGGCAUGCGUUAAUGGAAUUGCGUGGGCUCCUCAUUCGAGUUGUCACAUAUGUACAGCCGCUGACGAUCAUCAAGCUCUUAUUUGGGAUAUACAACAAAUGCCACGAGCGAUUGAAGAUCCUAUACUAGCUUAUACGGCAGCUGAAGGCGAAGUAAAUCAAAUACAAUGGGGAGCAACUCAACCUGACUGGAUCGCAAUAUGUUAUAAUAAAUCUCUGGAAAUAUUACGUGUAUAAAAAUAACAGUAUUUUAUAUUAAUUUAUUUAUUAACUGUAAGAAUUUUUAAUUUAAGGAAAAUAUUUGCUUUCAUAAUGCACUUUUAUACAUUUUUCAUAUGUAUUGUGUAUAUAUAACUACGAUUUAGGAAAAUAAAGUGUGAAAUCAGUAAUUUA